CUGUCACAUCUCACUCCGGGUUUCACCUCCCCUUCACCAUGCAAGCCACCCGCCCUGAGCCGCUCCACGCAAUACCAUGCCGCGAAUAUUGCGUAGGGUACGGAUAUGUACCUCAUCACAGCGGGAGGAGGGUAACCCUAAAUAAACGAGGCGAGCCGCCCUACGCGCACCCAAAGCCAGCGGGGAGGAAUGAAUGGCUUCCUAUUAGCCACCUGUUUCAGAGCUCGACGGCGAGAUGCGCUCCAGCCUCAGCAGCGGGACCUACCCGGGAUCGUACAAUUACAUAAGAGGUCUAGAAUCUAGGUCCCCUCGUCGGACCAUGGUGAAUGCUACCCUCCGCACGGGACCGGGUAGGGCGGAACGAAAACGAUUUGAUCUUGCGGUAACGACGUGGCAUGUCGUCCUUCUUUCUUACCAUCGCUGUCCCGUCCUGUCGCAGGUAUUCUAUCUACUACCGGCGGCUUCGGGGGUAGUGUCAUUUAGGCGACGGCCUUGUUCAGAGCUGGCAAGAGCAUACAGUCCAUCGAUCGCCCCUAUUCCGUUGCUAGGGCGUCAAGGAAACAGGAAGAUAGUCGCGGCGGAACAGAGUCGAUCGUUUCUCUCCUUGGCUGGACACCCCAGGGCGAGAGCAGCAGCAAUCCCACCAUUCUUGAGAACUUCUUUGUUUUCCAGCCUCUUUUUUGACUGGGACCUAUGGUUCACCAGUUCCAGCAUCACUUGCGAGGCCACGCAAUCGAGUAAGCACUGAAUGGGUUCGCUCCCCUAGACAACAAGCGUUAAGUCCAAUAGCCCAUUACCUUAUCCAACCUUGCAACC